AUGUCUAAAGCUUUAUCUUGUUACGCAUUUGAAUCUUUACUCUUCAAAUUGAAUCUUGAAUCCAAUAAAAUCCCCUUAUCCAAGUAUUUUGAAACUUUACACGAAUCAUUCACCGCAUUGCCAUCACGAGCACCACUAUUUAUAACAUGGAAUAAAAAUCAUCAAUUACGUGGUUGUAUUGGUACAUUUUCACCCUUACCAAUUGAAUCGGGAGUUUCUAGAUAUGCCUUACAUGCUGCAUUGCAAGAUCCCAGAUUCUUCCCAAUUAGCACUUCUGAAGUUGAAUCUUUGGAGGUUUCUGUUACAUUGUUAGAUAAUUUCGUUACUAUCGAUAACCCACUAGAUUGGGAAAUUGGUGUCAAUGGAUUGAAAAUCUCGUUUCAAUUAAACAAUGAACAUUAUUCCGGCACGUUUUUGCCAAGUGUGGCCGAGGAGGAAAAUUGGGAUAAAUUGACUACUUUGCACUAUCUUUUGAAGAAAGCUGAUUAUCCAGUAAGUCAGAAGAAUGUAUCUCAGUUUUACGAAAAAGGUUUGAACGAGGGUUGGUUGGAGCUAACCAGAUAUGAUGGAUUGAAGAACCGUUUAGACUACAACGAGUUUAUCAGGAUUAGAAAUCAAGUGGAAUAA